GUCUGCUAGCGGUGUGUGUGCGGUGAGUCAGCCCGCAGUGCGCGCAGCGGAGGCCGGCAGCGCUCCAGCCUGCUUCACCCGGACGCAAAACAAGAAAAGCAAGAUGAAUGUCGGCGUGGCCCACAGCGAAGUGAACCCAAACACCCGUGUGAUGAACAGUCGAGGGAUAUGGCUGACAUAUGCGCUCGGCGUAGGAAUGCUUCACAUUGUACUGUUGAGCAUUCCUUUCUUCAGUGUUCCUGUUGUGUGGACCCUAACAAACGUUAUUCACAAUUUUGGUAUGUAUGUGUUUAUGCAUGCAGUGAAAGGGCACACCAUUCGAAACUCAGACCAGGGCAAGGCAAGACUUCUCACACACUGGGAACAGCUGGACUAUGGCGUGCAGUUCACAUCAUCUAGAAAAUUCUUUACAAUCUCACCAAUCAUUUUAUAUUUUCUUGCCAGCUUUUACACAAAAUAUGACACAGCUCAUUUUGUGAUAAACACAGCUUCGCUUUUGAGCGUUCUCAUCCCCAAAUUGCCACAGCUCCACGGAGUGCGGAUCUUUGGAAUAAACAAGUAUUAAUCCCAGUGUUCAGAGGGCACAGACCAGUGGGAGCUGCUGCCUGAUAUGGGAAUGUUGUUGAUAACCCUUGUACUUUGUACCGCAGUUGUGUACACUUAGCAGUUUUGUACAGUCCGUGUAAUUUGUGAGUCUCUUUGUUUGAUAUAUCUUGAGAAAUUGUUGUAGGGAUACGUUAGGAGGACAAUUCCGCAAGCAUUAAUAACUUAAGAUAUUUAAUGUGUUUUCGUUAGUUGUUUUGUGAUCCUCGUGGAUCUGGGCUGGCCCAGGUUUCAUGGUUGAAGUUGUUUUUUUGUUAAUUAGUUUUUGUUUGUUUAAAUGUGUUCACAUCACUGAUACACUGAAAUAGAUUAAUGCUUUUAGCGUCACUUCACAUUUCUAAAUAGGUUCUUAAAUAAUGCCAUGAGUUGAAAAAAAAUGUGUUGUUUUUAAAAUCAUUUACAAGCCAUGAAACCUUUCUGCUGUUUCUUGAGUUUUGUCAGUGUUUUCAUUGCUUCAGAGAUGACAAAUAAUAAACUAAGUUUGCAUGAUUUCCUGGAAA